GUGUGUGUGUGUGUGUGUGUGUGUGUGUGUGUGUGCGUGUGUGACACAGAGCGAGUCCGCUGGAGACGGACAGUGACAGAUCAGAUAUGGCAGCUGGGACGAUUCUGAUUCUUUUGAUAUGUAUAGUCCUGUUGAAUCAAGGGUCAAAGGCUCAGGACUGUGGAGAUGCACCUUUGAACACAAGGAUAGUGGGCGGCAAGAAUGCCACAGCCGGCUCGUGGCCCUGGCAGGUCAGCGUGCAUCUUUCGUCGCACAUCUGCGGAGGGACCCUCAUCAGUGACCAGUGGGUGCUCACAGCUGCCCACUGCAUCAUAACAAACCAAACUGAUAGAUGGAUUCUCUACUUCGGAAGAGAGACUCAACGUGGACCUAAUGUUAAUGAGGUGAGCCGCAGAGUUACCCAAGUCAUCAUCCAUCCCAACUACAACAACACGAUGUUCAACAAUGACGCUGCCCUGAUGAAGCUCAGCAGCCCUGUCACUUUCAGCAACUACAUCAGACCCAUCUGCCUGGCAAGUAAUACCAGCGAGUUCUUCAACUCCACCCUCUGCUGGGCCACUGGAUGGGGCAAACUUAAGAGAAAUGAGACUUUGCCACCUACUAUGAAACUUCAGGAGGUGAUGGUCCCUGUCAUUGGAAAUAAGAAGUGCAGCUGCUCUUACCAAGAAGAAAUAAACAUCACUAACCAAAUGAUUUGUGCUGGGGAAGAGAACAAAGGAGCGUGUCAGGUAACAACAGAGGAUAAAUAUGAGGGGGACUCUGGUGGACCUUUGCAGUGCAAACAAGGCUCAAAGUGGGUCCAGGCUGGCAUUGCCAGUUUCGGACUACCUUGUGCCCUUUUGGGUUUCCCUGAGGUCUAUGGCAGAGUGUCUGAGUUCCAGGACUGGAUCAGACAACAAGUGGCAGGAGCCAGGGUUGGAUUUGUGACAUACACCUCCAAUGGCACCGACCAAGACAGCAGCUUUGUGUGUCCCUCAGAUGGAACUACACCCUCCUCAUCAUCAACCUUGACAGCGGUACUUGUGUUUGUUAUAAGCCAAGCGACAGUGACAUUGUAAGUCGCUUUGGAUAAAAGCCUCAGCUAAAUGAAAUGUAAAAGUAACUUCUUUGGUGCUUCUCUUUUGAAUUCAUUUGAUAAAGUUCUACAUUCUACUUACAUACAACCUCAUGGUGGUUGCAGUAGAGUUUGUUUGAUCAAAUUGUCGCCUAGGACAAACUGUUUGGGGGAUAAAUCAAUGGGAAAUCCAACAUUGAGUCACUUAGUGGUUGUGGGCCUCUUGGACUUCUACAAGUCAUAGAGGCCAAUAAAUGCCUGUAAUGCAUAGUCUGUUAAUAAAGUUACAUUCAUUAGAUCUAA